AUGUCUGACGACGGCCCCCGUCUCAUACGGCCCAUCCCGCGCCGGCCAUUCGACUUGAAUCACAAGAGCCUGACCCCUCCAGAGGACGAUUCGUCCCCGCCUAGCCCCAACCCCGAGAUCGACCUGUCUAGACUGCACAAUGGCCAGGCGACGUCCUCGGAAUCCGGUUCCAUACCACGGGCUCAGUCUGUGUUGAACUUGACGGCUUCGACGCUGUUCGGCAUAUACUCCCCAAUGUCUUAUGGGAAGGAUCGCUGCUACAACGACCGCGAGGAAACAGAGACCCCGUGGGGAACUGGGGCCCAGACACCAAUCAAGGGGGCGAGUGUCGACGAUACAACUUUUGAGCUCAUGAAGGACCGCUCGAGCCCGAUGCGCCGGCGGUCGUCGAAUAGGAAUCGAAGCAACACCCCCUCGCCGUCGACCGCAGUCACCGCACUUUUCACCAUCUCUCGAGCCGCACUACUCUUUUUGAUCGGUAUGGGAUACGGCUUGAUGGUCACACGUCUGCAGAACGAGCACAGGUUCUCGUCCUUCCAAGUCGAAAGCAUGAUCAAGCCCGGUUACGACUGGCAGUAUCUGACGGUGUGGGGCUUGUUCGGUGUGGCCCUGGGUGGCCUUCUCCCUUGGUUCGAUGGCGUUUGGGAGGAUACCUUUGGAAAGGAAGAAGAGGCUGGCACCUCGCCAGAAGAUACCAGUCCGGUAAAGGACUGGGCCCUGGUCGUCCGCAGCAUAGGCGCAUUCGUCGGCAUCGUUUUUGCCAUACGCAAGCUUCCUUGGGCAUCAACUAUGCAAGUAUCUCUCACGCUGGCGCUUGUCAACCCGUUUCUGUGGUACCUGAUUGACCGCUCGAAACCCGGGUUUCUCCUUUCAGCGGCUGUGGGCCUUGCCGGAUCAGCGAUGCUGAUGGGCAUCAACCCCGACAUAAUGCCGACGCCGUCAUCCCUGACCUACCGCAACGAGUCGGAGAGGGCCUACUCGGACCCUAUCACUCUUGGGGGUCUCGCCAGCCAGGAAACCAUCGAGACGGGCAUUUGGAUGUUGAGCGUUCUGUUCUGCAGUUGUGUCUGCUUUGGCAACAUUGGCAGGCGAUUGGCGUUAAAUAAGUCGGCCACCGCACGUGGACGAUGGGCCGGAAUCAGAUGA